ACAAUGGAAAUUGGUGGCUUGAUUGGGGGGCAAAAUUGACUCAAAUCCCAGCGAUGCAAUUUGUUCAUUGUUUGAAUGGACAAAAGGCAGCUUACCCAGGCUUAUAGCAUACCUGCCUGGGUGUCCAAAUGUAACUAGAUGCUUUCACAAACCCCACCCACAAAGCAGCACAUGUUUUUAAGUCCUCAGUUUUCUAUUCACAUCAGCCUCAUAAUACCCACCCUGACCUGCUGUAAAAGACCUGGAACAAACAAAAAUGAUUACACCUACAGUAAAGAUGCGCAUCAUGUCGUCAUCGCAUCUCUUCUACCUGGCCCUCUGCCUGCUCACCUUCACCAGCUCCGCCACCGCUGGACCGGAGACGCUGUGUGGGGCAGAGCUGGUGGACGCUCUUCAGUUCGUGUGUGGAGACAGGGGCUUUUAUUUCAACAAGCCCACAGGGUACGGCUCCAGCAGUCGGCGGGUGCCUCAGACAGGCAUCGUGGAUGAGUGCUGCUUCCGGAGCUGUGAUCUGAGGAGGCUGGAGAUGUACUGCGCGCCCCUCAAGCCCACCAAGUCGGCCCGCUCUGUCCGUGCCCAGCGCCACACUGACAUGCCCAAGACUCAGAAGUAUCUGCCCCCAUCUACCAACAAGAAAACGAAGUCUCAGAGGAGAAGGAAAGGAAGUACAUUUGAAGAACGCAAGUAGAGGGAGUGCAGGAAGCAAGAACUACAGAAUGUAGGAAGACCCUCCUGAGGAGUGAAGAAUGACAUGGCAUCGCAGAAUCCUUUACUCUGCACCAGUUACCUGUUAAACAUUGGAAUACCUACCAAAAAAAAUAAGUUUGACAGCAUUUCAAGGAUGGGCAUUCCUCCCCAAUGAAAUACACAAGUAAACAUUCCAACAUUGUCUUUAGGAGUGAUUGUUAAAAGCUUUGCACCUUGAAAAAAUGGUCCUGGAGUUAGUAGUUUGCUGUUGAUCCUUUAUCAAUAAUGUUCUAUAGAGAAAAAAAAAUAUAUAUAUAUAUAUAUCUUAGUCCCUGCCUCUCAAGAGCCACAAAUGCAUGGGUGUUGUCUAGAUCCAGUUGCACUAAAUUCCUCUCUGAAUCUUGGCUGCUGGAGCCAUUCGUUCAGCAACCUUGUUUAAGUGGUUUAUGAACUGUUUUCUUAUUUGCACUUCUUUCUACACAACACAGGCUGUUUGUUCUACAGUGUCUGAUAAUCUUGUUUGUCUGUCCCUACCAUGCCCCUUCAUUACCUUUCUAUUUGCCAAAUUUGGUCCCCUCAAAAGCAGCAGCAAGUAGUCAAGUAGCACACCAAUUUUUAACCCAUAAGAUUCCAUCUGUGGCAUUUGUACCAAAUAUAACUUGGAUGCAUUUGUUUUAGACAGAAAGCUUUAUUUUUCCACAUCAUGCUAAAAAAAUAAUUCAAAUAGUUGCAACUUUGAGGCCAAUCAUUUUUAGGCAUAUGUUUUAAACAUAGAAAGUCUCUUAAACGCUAAAUGGUUCCUUCGAAUGAUGAGUUAGUGUGCAACCUGAUUAAUACCCUUUCUCCUAUUUUUUUUCCAUAUAGAGCACUAUGUAAAUUUAGCAUAUCAAUAAUACAGGAUAUAUCAAACAGUAUGUAAAACUCUGUUUUUUAGUACAUUGGUGCUAUUUUGUAGUUUGUUAUAUGAAAGAGUCUGGCCAAAACGGUAAAAGGUGAAAGCAAAACAAAAGGCAAAACCUGGAGCCAAAGAUGACACAAAGGGAAGAGUACUGAAAAACCCAACUAUUUGGGAAAGAAGGUAAAGUCCCCUCUUCCAAAAGGAACUUCAGACACAAAAGUCCACUGAUGCAAAUUUGAUCGGAGAGUCCAGAGAGGAAGCCGUGGAAUGGAAAAAGCAGGCGGCUAGGAAUUUUAACAGUCCUGGUUUCUUUUUCUAACUGAAAAAACAAACAUCUGCCAGCUCUGCCACUGUGUGACCUUGAGAAAGUCACUUCACCUCUCUGUGCCUCAGUUUCCUCAUCUGCAAAAUGGGGGCAAUACGUCAUCUACCUACCUCAAAGGGGUGGUAUGAGGAUUAAAAAGAUAAAGCUUCAGAUUUUUGCACUGGGUUGCUAUGUAGGUGUAAGAUCAGAGCCCUUAAGUUGCUGUGAUAAAAGGAAUUCUAUAAAUAACCAAUUCACAGCAAAGCUAGAGUCUGAUUAACCAAAUUCUCCUGACAUCCCAAUUGUUGUCAGUGAAGCUGUCCAACUAACUGUCCAACUAACUUGUUAAAAUCUAACAGCUCAAUCCCUUUUAAAACACUUUUCAAAGUAAGUUAGAAACAUUUGAAUUACAAUAUGAUAUUGAAUUUUGCAUUUGGAUUUAUGAAUAUAAAGAUAAGUGAAAAGAGAGGAAGGAAAAGAAAAAAGGAGAAAAAAAAAGAUUUCUACUGGUGAAAAGGUAAUUAAUUACUCUAUUACUUAGCACUCACUAACUCUUCCAGGCAGUUACUAUCUCUCUAGUAAUAUCUCUUUUAAUGUUGUAAAUGAUACUCUCUUCAUUUUGAAAAGCAUUUUUUCCUUUUCAAAAUAUAAGAAAAAUAAGGCAAUAUAAGAAAAAUAGCUCAAGAUUUUAAAUAUUGAAAUAACAUCUAAUAAAAAGUCACAAAGUUAUCUCUUUUAAUGAACUUUACUCUUAUGCUUGGUUAUGUAUACAUAUAAUUUUUUAAGUUUUGUUAAAAUAUGCUUCACUAAAGCUGUAGUUGAGAAGCAAAAACUUCCUUCACAACUAGAAAUAUUCUCUCACAUCUGCUUUCUGUGGAUGUAUCUUACUCAUUCAACUGAAAAUUCAUAUCAAGAAAAUCCAAUGGUGAGGAAAGGUGCACGGUAGCCUAGAAAAUGUUCCCCACCUGUGGAUCGAGAUUUUCUUACUAGAACAAUGAAUCAUCUAGCAUUCAUAUUUUUUAUCUGCCUUAGAAUUUUUUGGUAAAAAGUACCCAGGCUUGAUUGUUUCAUGCAAAUUUUAUCCUUUUUAUUCUUGGAAAGUGUAUUUGAAAAACAAAAAUGACAUCUUCAAGUUUUCUCCCACUGGGUCACCUCAAGGUUCAGAGACCAGAAAAAAACUACACAACAAAAAAGACUUCCUGGAUCUCUGAAUAUAUGCAAAAAGAAGUCCCUAUUUAGUGGAGCACCCCUGUUCGGUCAACAAGCAUUUUAACUCUCAGUCCAGGUAUUUGAAUUGAGCACUUCGGGCAUGCUGAGCAAUAUUCUGAUCAUUAUGGACAGAUAUAAACGAAAUUAUACAUAAUUUUCGCCCUCUGCCUGUUUUACAGACAUAUGGAUUCUAUGGAAUGAGAUGCUGGACCACUCCUCCCAAGAUGGCAGUUCUAAUUUUUAUUUCUUGUCCCCAGUGUUUACCUUCUAAAAUCACUUAUUCCCAGCAAAAUUUUACAGACAGUCUUCUUCAGAUUUAUGGGCUUCCUGAAAUAGUUGGGUAUGGAAAUUCUAAGAGUGUCUAUGACAUACUUUAUUCAAUUAAUUCUAUUCACAAAUAUUCCCCAAUGAAAAAACUUAAAUAUGCAAUGCCAUAUUAUCUUUCUUAGCUUUUUUCAACACAUAAUCUUCUCCAACAGAUUAUAAAUCAACUAAUUAUAAAUUAUAAUAACCCACUAAUUAUACUAACACACUAUUUUAUUUUUAAAUGAAUUAAAACUAGAAUACAAAUUGAUGAAAACUCUGAAAGUCAGUUGAUCACUAUAUGCUACAGCAGGAUGACCCAGGAUUGAUAGAAAGGAGCACCUAAAAUUUUACAACUCAAAAGUUUAUAAGCUUUACUUUCAAUUCAUAUUGCUUUAAAAUUUUUAAAAUGGGGAAAUUUCAAAAUGUUUAUAAAAGGAAUCUAAAUAUUGGUAAGAAUGAGCUUUCAACUUAUAGGCUCAUUUUCAAUUUAACUGAAAAUAUUCAAUAUCUAGGUCAAAGUUCUGUUCCCACCUCCCCAAAUAGUAUAAGGUAUUAUUUGAACAUCUUAAGAUGAGGAGGCUCCACUGAAAAAGUUAACAUAUGUCCAUCAGAAUCCACUCAUCUAGAAUAAAGAAAAGCUCUCAACCCCACCCACCCCCCCACACACACAUACACACACACUCACCCUAAGAAUCCAGUGGAAUACUAAGAAAAAAUCCUUCAUUGAAAAUCUUGUUAAAAACAAACAAACACACACACACACAAAAAAAAAGCCUGGCCUCCUUUGAGAAUCCUUCCACCACUUGGAAUGUCAAUGUUUGUGUAGAUGAAACCAUCUCAUGCACCAUGGCUCCAGGGUUUCUGUUACUAGUUUACAUACUAGGGAGAAUGCUUAGAAUGGAAGAUGUAGCACAUUUUGCUUUUCCAUUUAUUGUUUGGCCAGCUAUGCCAAUGUGGUGCUAUUGUUUCUUUAAGAAAGUACUUGACUAAAAAAAAGAAAAAAAGAAAAAAAAGAAAGCAUAGACAUAUUUUUUUAAAGUAUGAAAACAACAAUUCUAUAGAUAGAUGGCUUAAUAAAAUAGCAUUAGGUCUAGCCACCACCACCUUUCAACUUUUUGUCACUCACAAGUAGCAUACUGUUCACCAAAUUGUGAAUUUGGUGCAGGUGCAGGAGACGGAAUUUGUUUUUUAGUUAGAAGGCUCCAUUAUUUCGUUGGCUCUCAAUUUAGCUAAAUUAGCAAUAUAUUAUCCAAUAUGAACACCUCGAUCAAGAGCAUGGAGUAUAAAUGGGGAGGGGAAGACCUUAUAGGCAAGUGGCAGAACUAGAAAAUGAUUAAGUUACUUAUUGAUUUUGGGGGUCUCUCUGUUCUAAAACAGAUAUUCAGCAAGGGGAGAAAAUAAAAACAAAGAGAAAAUAUACUUAAAUUCACCUGUUAAAAAUAGCUUCUGCCACAUAUCCUCCUUGGGUAUUCUUUGGCAUUUCCUGGCUUGUAGCAAACAUUCUCCCUUCACCCAAACGUCUCAAAGAGCAGUAGCUCUCGUAAAAAGCAAUCACUGAUCUCAUUGGAAAUGUUGGAAAGUAUUUCCUUAUGAGAUGGGGGUUAUCUACUGAUAAAGACAAGAAUUUAUGAGAAAUUGUUGAAAGAGAUGGCUAAUAAUCUGUGAAAUUUUUUUUGUUUUUUGUUUUUAUUCACUUUUUUUUUUACUUUAUACAGUCUAUGAAUAUCUUAAUGUUCAAAAAAUGACUUGGUCUUUUUAUUCUUUUUUUAUAUUGGAAUGAAGAAUAAGUUAAACCCACAUAGAUUCUUUAAAACUAUAGGCUAGAUAGAAGUGUAUGUUUGACUUGUUGAAGCUAUAAUCAGACUAUUUAAAAUGUUUUGCUAUUUUUAAUCUUAAAAGAUUGUACUAAUUUAUUAGAGCAGAACCUGUUUGGCUCUCCUCAUAAGAAAGAGCAUUCCUAUUCAAAUUACAUGGGCUUUUCCAUCAUCAUUUUCAAAAGAUAAAUAUGAUUUAUCCUAUGGCAUCAUUUAUUUUAAAAUAGAAGAAUUGUGAGUCUUUAUGCCCCUCCCCUGCAAAAAUCAUAAAGUCCAGAAUCUGAGAGGGCAAAAACAAAAGGAAAAAUUUGUUGUUGAUUCCUUUUUUCUUGUUUCGUUUUUAAUGCUAGUGUUUAAUCCUGUAGUAUAUAUAUUUGCUUAUUGCUAUUUUAAUACUCUAUAAGAAUUUCCUGUUAGGUAUUAGAAACUGAUUAAUAGAUAUCUUUUUUGUGUGAUUUCUAUUUAAAAAAAUAAAAAUAAAAGAGGCAGGAAGAUGGUCUAAAGCUUUAAGUGCAUAUGGUACAGGACAAAGAUAUCAAUUUAAAUAACCAAGUCCUAUCUGAGACAAUGCUUUUUUUUUUUUUUAAUAGAAACCUCUCACAGAUAAGACAGAGGCCCAGGGGAUUUUUGAAACUGUCCUUAUUUCUCCUAGUCCUUAUUUUUUUUUAGCAUCUGCCCCAGAAUUUUAUGAAAGGUGGACCAAGCUGAAACCCUAGAAUUAAAGGAACCUCUUUUAAAACACAUAUGUCACAUAUUCCCUUUUAAUGUAUGAUUACAUUGGAUUACAUUGAUCUUAAACAUGGUUUUUCUCUCUCCCCAUUAUUCAACUGUCAGUGAUAUGGUCUCUCAAAGGAAAAAAAAAAAACUUUUUUUAAAUUAAAAAAGAGAGAGAGAACACAAAAGUCCUAAUGUUACUGCCCAACUGAAAUACAGCUUAGAUGGAGACAGAGUUUCUCCUACUUAAUAAUGCAGGUUGAUUCACCUGUCACCUUCAAAAAUGACCUUUCGCAAUCUUUAGAAUUUGCCUUUUUUUUUUAAUUGCCCAGGUCAAAAGUAAACAUUACUCAUUUUCUUUUGCCCAAAAUCCACUAAUGGAAAAUAGAAAAAAUGAAAACAGUACUCUAAAAAUCCCUUUCAAACCACCCACUGACCCCACUCACGGACUCAUAGCAGAGUCACUUGUGUUAAUCGCUUAAUCUGAUUUUGUUUGGAUAUUUAUCUUGUACCUGCUGCUAAACACACUGCAGGAGGGACUCUCAAACCUCAAGCUGUCUAGUCACAUAUCUCAUCUGUGUCUGUGCAUCAUUAAAAUGUCUGUUCAAAAUAUCAAAAACUUUCAAACAUUAUGCAGCUUAUAUUCAGUUAACAUAAAGGACCCAAAUACCAUGUCAGAUCUCUUUUUGCUGAAAGAGUUAAUGAACUAUGAGAAUUCGGAUUAUAUCAUGAAUUUUGCUUCAUGUAUUUUUAUCACACUUAUAGGCUUUGUGUGAUAAAUAAACUUACAGACACUGAAUUAAUUUUCCCUGCUAUUUUUAAACCAAAAAGUAAUGAUUGGUCAUUUAUCAUAUCUGUCUUAGUUCAAAAGCAUAUUUUUUUCAUUAAUUCUGAUUGUGUUUGAAAUCAUUAUUAAAUUCACUUAUGGCAGAGGAAUAUCAACCUUAAUGACUUCUAAAAAUGUAACUAACUGAAUCAUUAUCUUACAUUUACUGUUUAAUAAGCAUAUUUUGAAAAUGUAUGGCUAGAGUGUCACAAUAAAAUGGUAUAUCUUUCUUUAGUAAUUACAUUAAAAUUAAUCAUGUUUGAUUAAUUAGUUCUUUUAAA